GGUUAACGGAAGAGGAGGGUUCUGCUGGCAUUCCUGAGCACCCCCUUGCCUACCACAUUUUUUUACCUUUUUCCGAUGGGCUAACUGAAACCCUUGCCAUGUGCUUAGAUGACGACGGUGGAGACGAUGAUGAUGACGGCCAGGGGGGCGCCGGUGGUGCUAUAGUCCAACAUGGUGCCCGUCAAAGCAGGCCUGCUAGGGCAGGCCAACAAGGUGCGGGUGCAACCGCAACUGGCCAACAAGGCGGCGACGACGGUGACGACGACGGUGACACCCGAAACACCAAGAAAGCACGAGUUGGCGGUGAUGGUGGCGGCGAUGAUGAUGGCGGUGGUGAUGGCGGUGGUGAUGGUGACGACGACGACAACAACAACAACGGUCCCCCGUAUAACAAAUCACCCCAGAGACAACCGGGAAGCCCCGAUCCCCAAACAGAGGAACAAUACGCAUACGAGUCAGAUUCCACCACCGAUACAGACGGAGGAUAUGGACCAACGGCCACGAAAGAGGCCAUCGAUCGGAUGAAAAAAGCCCGAAAAGACCAUUUUCCAACUUCCGUGAAACGACGAGUGCGAAGCUUUGCCGGGUAUCAAAAUGAUGAAGAUAGUGCGCUAGGGCCAAUAGCUACCAGAACGAUGCAAAUCGAUCCUAGGCACGCAAAUUUGAAAUCUAUAUCGUUCUAUAUGGUACCGCAGCAGCACCUUCCCAACCUGCCUCCGUUCCCUCCGCCGAGGCCUGCUGCUCAGCCUGCUGCCCAGCCUGUCCCGCAGCCACAGCAAGCGCCCAAGAAGGCGACAAAGAGGACGGCUCGGUCGAGGGGGACACCGAAGAACGCGGCGCCGGCGGCUGCACCGUCGAGGAUUCGGACGCGUGCGGUGGCUCGCGCUGAGGCGGCAGCGGCAGCGACAGCGGCAGGAGGAGGAGCUGGAGGAGGCGCUGGGGUUUGAGAAGCUGGAGACUAGAAUCAGAUGAAGCCUAG